CGGUUUUCCUCGAGUAUCAUGGCAGCAUUCAUUGUGCUUCCGUUCCUCGUUCUUCUCUUAGCCAGCUCUUCCCUGGGUUUCCUCUAAUUUUACACGUGUCAUCUUCUCAAGUCAAUACAAGCAGUCUCGUUUAACUACAUUCAUUCGAAAAGACUUCCUAACAAAUUUGUCCACCGCAAAGGCCCCGGUCUCCAUUAUAUAUCUUCUCCUGCUUUUCCUCAAGUUAUCAUGGCAGCAUUCAUUGUGCUUCCGUUCCUCGUUCUCCUCUUGGCCAGCUCUUCCCUCUCCGUUAAUAUCGAUUUUACCUACAACGGUUUCAAAUCAGCCACUAAUCUGAGCUUAGAUGGCUAUGCAGGCAUCACAUCCAAUGGCGUGCUUCAGCUCACCAAUGACACUAGCAAAGUGACAGGCCAUGCCUUCUUCUCCUCACCAAUUCAAAUGCUGCGCAACACUCGCUCCAUGACACCGACUACAAUCUCCUUCAGCACCAUCUUUGUCUUCGACAUCAUCACUGCUAGGAAAGUAGGCGGCCAUGGCCUGGCCUUCGCAGUGGCCCCGACAAAAACUCUCAGAGGCGGUUGUUGCAGGUACCUUGGCCUCCUCAAUAGCAGUAACAAUGGAAAUUCUUCCAACCAUGUCUUUGCGAUUGAGUUUGACACCAUCCCGAAAUCUAGUAUGCUCGUGGACAUACAUGAGAAUGAAGUUGGGGUCGAUAUAAACAGCAUUGUUCCUAAUAUUUCAAUAACUACCUCCUACUACGCCAAUAAUUCCAAGACGGUGAAUUUUAAACUGGAGAGUGGGCAACCGAUUCAGACCUGGAUAAACUACGAUGGUGUUGCAAAAAUUUUGAAUGUGACCGUUGCUCCCUUCUCCGUAGGCAAACCAAGCCGACCUCUCAUAUCACUCCCCAUCGAUCUAUCACCAAUUCUUAAGAAGUACAUGUAUGUUGGUUUCUCUUCAUCGACAGGGGAAAUCUCGAGUUCUCAUUACAUCUUGGGAUGGAGCUUUCGGGCCAAUGGCAUGGCGCGCUCUCUUGAUCUAUCUCACCUACCCCUUCCUCCACAACCAAUGAAAGAUUCGCCGACUUCCAAAUUCUCGAGAAUCAAAAUUGGGGUCAUAUCUUCUAUUGCUAUGCUUCUCUUGGUAGCGCUUGCAUUCUUUGUUUCCUGGCACUUACGGCAGAGGGCAAAGCUGGCAGAGACUCUUGAGGACUGGGAAUUAGAUUAUCCUCAUAGGUUCGCAUAUAAGGACCUUUACAAGGCAACCAAAGGAUUCAAGGAGACAGAGCUUCUCGGCUCGGGUGGCUUUGGCCUAGUGUACAAGGGCACUCUACCAUGCUCAGGAGAAGAAGUUGCGGUCAAGAAGAUCUCUAGUAAUUCCAGGCAAGGAGUGAGAGAAUUCGUUGCAGAGGUGGUGUGCUUGGGCCGCAUGAGACACAGGAAUUUGGUGCAGCUCCAAGGAUGGUGCAAGCGAAACGAAGAGCUCCUCCUUGUCUAUGAGCUCAUGCCAAAUGGAAGCCUUGACACCUUUCUCUUUGAAGGUGAGAAAUGUGGGCUGUUGAGUUGGGAUCAGCGGUUUAAGAUCCUAAAGGGAGUUGCUUUGGGACUCCUCUACCUACAUGAAGAAUGGGAGCAAGUAGUUGUCCACAGAGACAUCAAGUCUAGCAACGUUCUAUUGGAUGCUGAUAUGAAUGGAAGGUUGGGAGACUUCGGUCUUGCUAGAUUAUACGACCGUGGCAAGAAUCCUCACACGACGCUUAUGGUUGGAACCUUUGGAUACAUUGCACCAGAAGUAUCGCGCACCGGCAAACCCAUGGCCAGUUCAGAUGUCUUCGCUUAUGGCAUUUUGCUUUUAGAGGUGGCGUGUGGUCGGAGGCCAAUCCAGCACGAUGCUCCAAUGGAACAGCUACUUUUGAAGGACUGGGUGAGGGAGUGCAAAAUGAGAGGCCAAAUAUUGGAGGCUGUGGAUCCCAAGCUUGGGGAGUCCUAUGUGAAGGAGGAAGUUGAUCUGGUACUAAAGCUAGGACUAGUUUGUUCGCAGUCCAUUCCAGAGGUCAGGCCUACCAUGAGACAGGUGAUCCAAUAUCUUAAUAGAGAUGACAGUCUCGCAGAUGAUGUGGCCCUUGUGUUCUCAGAAGCUGAUUUUUUGGAUUUGGCAUCACUCAACUCAUAUCUUUCAUCCAUUGCUACGGUGUCUUCCAGCUCCCUCAGCGGAGGUAGGUGUGAGAGGGUUCGAUGAGCAAUAUGUACAAAUGCUUUCAUGGGUGCUUUCGACUUCUUGUUAGUUUAUCGCAUGUAUUCUUCUGUUGCUGGCUAAGGGGUCUCUUUGGAAGAACAGAAGGAUGGAGGAACUGGCGCGGAUGGAGGAUCCGGCACGGCAUAUCCAAGAUUACUCUUUCCAUGCUGUUGUUCUAUUUAGAUCUCCAUGUAUCUUUUUUCUUUUCUUUUUUUUUUUUCCAGUUGUAAUAAUAUAUUUUUUUUCUCAUUUUUAAGGUCACCAUAAGCAUACAUCAUAUCUUACCCAGCUAGCGAUCUAUGUAUUCACGUGAAUAGGUGGUUUAUACUAGAGGGGCGAAUAGGGUGGAUUGGAUGGGAUCAC